UGACUGAAACAAUUCAGCGAAAUUGACUCAAAUUCACAAAAUGUUUGUCAACCCAAAUCUGCAUUUAUCAUCUGAAGAAAAAAAAAAUUUUUAGCUGAAAAAUUUCAUCCAGCUCCCAUAAUUAGUGCCACAAACAGUCCAGAUAGAAGUGAGAGGUUUUAUUAAAGUUGUGGGUGCACCUUUAAAUGUAUUUGUGCUAUAAAUUACUGUAUGCCUGGGCUAGCUGGGGCAGGUGCCUGAAUCAGUUCAAUACAUUUUAGUGAAUUCCUGGCUAAUAACAGUAUGCCUUGUAUGGAACAGACCUCUUUUCUUUUUGUACCAUCCAAAGACACCUUUAAUGUAAGACGGAUUCUAAUGACUGAGUUGUUGUACAUUUUUGAAACCAACAUCACUUUAAAAAACCCUUCAAAGUAGUCAUAAAUUAUAUUGAUGGGCAUUUUCAAUUUAAUUGGAGCAGCCCCUUUGGUUGAUACAAAGACAAUAAGAGUGUAUCACAUUGAGGUCCAAUUGAUACCAGUGCAGAAUGAGCACUAUUCUCUGAUGUAUCACAGCUUUGUGAUGGUGGUAUCUUUACUGUAUGGUUGCUUAGGGCAAUCUGUUGUACUUCACUGAAGAAUAUUGUUAUAAGAGUUGGCACUUCAGCCAAGAGACUGAAACUAAAACUGUCGUAUCAAAGAGCUCAGAGUGGGAUUUCCUUCCUUGCUUUACAAGUAGUUUCUAUUUCCAAAUAAAGCAUCCCUCACCUGGAACGGUUCCCCUCCCAUAGCCACCUUUAUGCAUCUAAAAAGACUUCCUCAUCCACUCAGCCCAGCUGGGAGCAGAUGCCAACGGGGAGAUGACACCAUCCCAAAGGAAGUGAUGCUUGUUGACAUGCAGUCACAAAGAGGCCUGAUUGUACAUUCCAUUCCCAAACAAGAAUCGCCAUUGAGCAAAGCAGGGCAAUGCCUGUCCACAUUGCCUCAUGACUGCCUCUGAAUAAGCCUGACCUCUUCUUGAGUCACUUCCUUUGGAAUGGUGUCAGUUUGCCUUGCCAUCUGCUCCUGGCUGGGCUGGGUGACUGAGGAAGCCUGCUCAGAAGCAGGAAACCUUCUCUAGAGUAUGGCACACCGUACCAGCUGAGGGACACUCAAUUAAUAGAACAAGUUGUCGGGAGCCAUUGGAGAAAGGAGUAUGAUGGAUUCAAGAAACAUUUACUGGCCAGCACCUUUUCUUGGCAGUAACCCUUGUGGAACUGUCUAGGGCUAUUGUUGGAAUACGUGAUUGGAGAGCUUUAAAAUCCUUAUUCUGUGUUCACACUUUCAUUUGGGUAUUACAGCCUUAUCCUGAGCUGCUGGGAGCUCUUAAUUCCUGUUCUCAAAGUCAGUCGAUUUUGACCAUCAGCACCUUGCAGGAUUGAGACUCCUCCUCCCCUCCCCCACACAUGCUUGAGCACUCUUUGGAACUAGGAGCCAAAUUGUGGCACAGCAUGAAAAUUGCUUCAGAAUGACUGCAGUCCGGUUUCUGAUCACCAGUAGCUUCAUGCCCCUUCCAGCUUAUCUUUCCCCAUGUAGAUCAUUUAUAGAAAUGUGAAUAAUCCUUUCUUUCAUGCUGCUUGUUUUGCUACUUGUGUGUCUGUGUGGGUGCGUAUAUAAAAUGUUCAUUUAAAUUAUUUAAGCAUGAUUUAAUAGGAACACUGGUCUUAAAUUCUGUGUCCCCUAACUCUACAUUUUGGGGCUGAAUUUAUCCAGACCGUGUCCCUGUAAGCAUAACAUACUGGAGGUGUUGGUGAAUCCAUGACAGAUACAGGCAUAGAACCCAGGAGUUGUAAAGUGUAGCUUGGAAUAAAAUCCUGCUGGGUUUUGCAUUCCUUAGGCAUUCAAAGAUAAACAUCUCCACCAGAAGAUUCAAAGAUCAAAUGAACCAGGCAGAUGCCCAGAAUACAAUGUAUAUUUCCACUUGGUAUCACUUUCAUAUUGCAUUUGGUUUGUUUAGAAGGCGGGGAAAUGUUAGUAGGACACUUAUCCUUUUAAAUAGCCAUUGGGAAUUAGGCCAAUUUGACAAGCCUUGGACCAAUUACUGUAAAAGGUUUACAGUGCACUAUUCUGCUACCAAAAAUAAACCACAAGGGUGGCCUUACAGAGAGCAUUAUGCGCUGUCAUGCAGGAGACUUGGUCCCACCUCUGUGAUGGGGAAGAUGGUGGCACUUUAGCAUCACUGCCUCGUGCAAGACAGUUGGAAGAGCAUUGGGUGGAAGUAUCUAGCAGUAAUUAAUGUGGCCUGAAAUGAAAGAGUGGGUGAAACACCAGUCUCUAUCAGCCGGACUGUGUAAUCAUCAGGUUUAGUCACUGUAUUGGUACGUAAGGGUUUUGAGUAGGAGACUAUAGUCUGGCCUAAUGGGGAAAAAAAUCUGGCCACUUGUUGUCCCUUCAUAACUCAUCAAAAGUCCUGAUUCUGGAAAUAAAUAUAGGCAGGGUAGGUGGGUCUGGCUCCAAUGAACUAUGUAUUCAGUGAACUGGAGUGCAGGUUACAGCUCAAGAAAGACAUUGAAAUGGUCAUAGUUAUUCUUUCUCCCAUAACAUCAUUUCAACCUACUUUGCCCUGCUAGACCAUCUGCCAUCCAAGUAUCUCUCAAAGUGCUUUAUAAAGACUAAAGCAUGAAAAAUGUCUGACGCAGGUAUUUAUUCUCCCCAUUUCUCAGCUGGAGGAACUGAGGUGAUUUCUUGCCCAGAUGCACGCAGAAAAUCUGUGGUAGAGUUGGGAGUAGAACCCAGGUGUCUUGACUCCUAGUGCUGUUGUAAUGCCUACAGACCCUGGUUGGCGACAGGCGGGAUUGAACCUGGGACCUCUGGAGCUUAGUGCAUGAGCCUCUACGGCAUGAGUUAAAAGCCAACUGUCUGUCAGCUAAGGCUGUAGAGCAAACUUCAUAUAUAAAAAAUCACACUCUUCCCGCCCCUGCACCCACCAGGACAGAAAACCACACCCAGGAGGUGUGUGGGUUACACUCUGCCUUACCCCAAGCCCUUCCUUCUAAUAUUACUUGAUGUAUAGUUGUGUCCAAAGUCACUAGAGCAUUCACCCUGCCUCUCUAUCUUCUUGGAGCACACAGGAUACCAAGAGACUGUGAGGACCAUUGCUGACUCUGUUGCAUCUUGGUUAUGCCUGGAACACAAGAGCCAAUUUUCCUACAUUCUGCACCGCUAUGAGCAUUAGCAAAGCCAUCAAUACACAAGAAGCGCCUGUGAAAGAGAAACAUGUCCGCAGAAUUAUCUUGGGAACUCACCAUGAGAAAGGAGCAUUUACUUUCUGGUCCUACGCUAUUGGCCUCCCCCUGCCCAGCAGCUCCAUCCUCAGCUGGAAGUUCUGCCAUGUUGUGCACAAAGUCCUGAGAGAUGGCCAUCACAAUGUUCUUCAAGACUGUCAAAGAUAUCAGAGUAAUAUCCGAGAGACAGGAGACCUGUGGGGGCACUUGCACGACAGAUAUGGGCAGCUUGUGAAUAUUUAUACCAAACUUCUACUCACCAAGAUAUCCUUUCACCUAAAGCAUCAUGACUUUCCCCCAGGCCUAGAAGUGACGGAUGAGGUGCUAGAAAAGGCUGCUGGGACAGAUGUGAAUAACAUCUUUCAGCUCACAGUCGAGAUGUUUGAUUACAUGGACUGUGAACUCAGACUCACAGAGUCAGUUCUCAGACAGCUCAACACCGCCAUGGCUGUGUCUCAGAUGUCGUCUGUUCAGUGCAGGCUGGCUCCUCUCAUCCAGGUGAUCCAGGACUGCAGCCACCUCUAUCACUACACUGUCCAGUUAAUGUUCAAGCUCCACGCAUGUCUGCCAGCUGAUACACUGCAAGGUCACCGAGACCGGUUCCAUGAGCAGUUCCGCAGCCUCAAAAACUUCUUUAAAAGGGCUUCAGACAUGUUGUACUUCAAGCGGCUCAUCCAGAUCCCCAGGCUGCCAGAGAGCCCCCCUAACUUCUUGCGGGCGUCUGCCCUGGCAGAGCAUGUGAAACCGGUGGUUGUCAUCCCCGAGGAGGCCCCUGAAGACGAAGAACCAGAAAACUUAAUUGAGAUCAGUACGGCUCCUCCAGUGGACAGUACGGCUCCUCCAGGGGAACAGCAGAACAUGUCGGAUAUAUUUGAACAGACUUUCGGCCCCCCCAAUGGCGUUCGGGAUGACAGGGAUCUCCGAAUCGAAACCCUAAAGAAAGAAGUGGACUUGCUUCGAGCUGAGCUAGAGAAAAUUAAACUGGAGGCUCAGCGGUACAUCUCGCAGCUCAAGGCCCAGAUCAACAGCCUGGAGGCUGAGCUGGAGGGGCAGCGGAAACAAAAGCAGAAAGCUUUGGUGGAUAACGAACAACUCCGGGAUGAGGUGGAGCGACUGCAGAGGGCACAGCUGGAGAGCAGCCGGACGCAGGGGCUUUACGUUGAAGCUGAAAAGAAAGCCAGCGCCACGGAAAUGCGCUAUGCCAAGCUGAAAGAGAAACACAGCGAGCUCAUCAACACGCAUGCAGAGCUGCUGCGAAAGAAUGCAGAUACUGCUAAGCAACUGACAGUCACCCAGCAGAGCCAGGAAGAAGUGGCUCGUGUCAAAGAGCAGCUGGCGUUUCAGAUGGAGCAGGUGAAGCGGGAGUCGGAGAUGAAGCUUGAAGACCAGACCUUGCAGAUGGAGCAGCUGAAGAGAGAACUGGAAGCCAAGAAAGAAGAGCUGACCCAGAUUCAGAGUUCACUCAGCAAUUCCAAGCAGGCUGGCUCCGAGCUCCACUCCCAAGUGGAAGCCCUGCAUGCUGAGAAGGACUCGCUGAGGAAGUCGGUGAGCGAGAAGGAGUGUGAGCUGCUGUCCAUAAAGGGCCUGAUUCAGGAGAAGGAGCUGCUGUUGAACCAGGAGGCAGAGAGGAGUGCUAAAGAAAUCAGGGAGCUGCAGGGGAAACUCAUGGAAAAGAAAAACCAGGAGCAGAGCCUCCAGCAGAAGCUUCUGGAUGACCAGUUCGGUAUGCUCCAGGGGACGGUGAAGGAGGCAGAGAACAUCAUCCAAGAUGCCAUUGCCAAGCUAGAUGACCCCUUGCACGUCCAAUGCACCAGCUCUCCAGAUUACCUCAUCAGCCAGGCGCAGGCAGCCCUGGAGUCCGUGAACUCCUUGGUGAAUGGGCACGCGCAGUAUAUGACCAACAUGACAGAUGCCACUGGGUUGGUAGCAGCCCUGGCCCAGUUUGCUCACUUGACCGCUGACACCAUCGUGAAUGGCAGUGCCACGUCCCACAUGGCACCCACUGACCAUGCUGACAAAUUAACUGAAACCUGCAGGGACUGUGGGCAUCGGAGUCUGGAGUAUCUGAACGAGCUGAAGGAUAAGCAGUUGCUGAGACAGGCAAACCCGGAGGACGUGAGGAGAACUCUACAGGGCAUCCUUCAACUGGGCCAGGAGUUAAGACCUAAAAGCUUAGACAUCAAGCAAGAAGAGCUGGGUGAUAUGGUUGAUAAGGAAAUGUCCUCCACCUCAGCAGCGAUUGAAGAUGCUGUCAGAAGAAUAGAGGAAAUGAUGAAUCAGGCCAGAAAUAAAAGCUCUGGUGUUAAACUGGAAGUGAACGAGAGAAUUUUGAACUCCUGCACUGAUCUGAUGAAGGCAAUUAGGCUUCUCGUAAUAACAUCUACCAACUUACAGAAGGAGAUUGUCGAAAGUGGAAGGGGGGCAGCAACAACACAAGAAUUUUAUGCCAAGAACUCCCGUUGGACAGAAGGCUUGAUCUCUGCUUCCAAAGCUGUGGGAUGGGGAGCCACGCAGCUUGUAGAAUCUGCAGACAGAGUGGUCCUGCAUAUGGGCAAAUAUGAAGAACUGAUUGUCUGCUCCCGUGAGAUUGCAGCCAGCACAGCCCAGUUGGUGGCUGCAUCCAAGGUGAAAGCCGAUAAGAACAGCAGGAACCUGGUCAAGCUCCAGGAGUGCUCACGCAAUGUAAAUGAAAUGGCUGCCAAUGUUGUGGCUUCCACUAAGUCCGGACAAGAGCAGAUUGAAGACAAAGAUACUAUGGACUUCUCUGGCAUGUCGCUAAUCAAACUGAAGAAGGAAGAAAUGGAGACACAGGUGAAGGUGCUAGAACUAGAGAAGAAGCUGGAGAAUGAGCGAAUUCGUCUUGGCGAGCUGAGGAAGAAGCAUUACGCUUUGGCUGGGGUGUACGAAGACCCAGAGGAGGGGGAGGGGAAACCAGCUAUGGCUCCAAAACAGAGCAUCUUGAAGAAGCCACCACUGGCUCAGAAACCUGCCUACGCCCUAAAACAGGACUGUGAGCUGGAGCAGCAGCAGGACGGCAUUUUUCAGGCCCACGUCGUAAAUUUCUAGGGGGCUACGGAAGUUGAUUCAGCACAAAAAGGAAGAGGAGGAGUGGGCUGCUGCAGUCGCCUUCCAGCCACAGUACACUUCGUCUCGGUGGAGAGGGCUAGGAUUCCUGCCCCUCCUAUUCCUGCUGGGCUCGGACUGUGCAGGCACGUCCCAUGAUGUAGACAUUCCAGCGCUGUUAUAUCUGUGUUUAACAGAUCCUAACUGGAUUAACGCGAGAAUUGCCUUCAAGCUGGCACACCUGUGUUGUUCGGCUGGUUCUCCCGCCGGCCACGUGUGAAGAACAACAUGACUUUACACUUCCUUCCUAGCACCAGACCAGUUGGGUUACUACAGCGACGCUAACGGUGCCAUGUGGCACAUCAGUUCUACGGAAAGAGAUUGGAGCAGCUCAUUGAUUGACUUUUUAUUUAUCAGCAAUAGGAAUCUUACGUAAAUGUAGGUGUGUCUCAGUACUGUCGUGCACAAACUUUAAGGAACUGUGAAACAUUUUUAAAGUAGGAAGUUGAUCUUUUCUUGCAGCCAUUUGAGUUAAACAAUGGGGCAGGCUGAGAAAGGGUAACUGAUGUCUCUCCAUGGGUAAGUACUCAAAGGAAGAGGCAUAAUUUAGUUUUAAACUGUCAAUGUUUAGAUGUCUUUAAAGGAACAGGGCUCAUACAUGGGAAAACUAGUUAAUAUAUAUGAUGGCAAUAAGGGUGCAAACUUUUUUCUUAUUAAUGGAUCAACGUCAGGGGAAUAGUUUCACUGUGUUUAUAGUUAAGAUAAUUAAACAAUCUUGGUGUACAAUAACCAUGUAAUAAUUAUUGCUAAAAAGUCUACAGCAAUAAGAAAUUUUGGGGAGAUAUUAAUUAAUUUAGAGAGACACUGUUGGUUUAAAUACUAUAAAAUUCCUUCUCCUGAGUCACUAGUAACAUUUAAAUUUGAGAACACUAUUUAAAUAAUGUCUUUUUUCCCCCUUUCUUGCUGUUUUUGGACAAUAGUCACUUUCAUUGUAGAUCUCUUAAGUCCAGUCAGUUUCAGGUCCUAGGUCUCCCCUGCUGCACUGGUGGGAAUGUUUUAGACCUAACACAGUCUCUCUCUGUCACUAGGAAGUGUAGUAUAUAGGAAUAUGUGACUGCUCUUCAGUACAGAAUGCUUAGGGAACUGGCUCCAACUCCCACUCCCCAUCCUGUUUAUUCUCUACUGUGGGGGGGUGGGGCAGGGCACUGGGCACACUGUCAGAUCAGGCUUUCAAAUGGGAAGUGGGGUUGUCUUCAGACAUUGUUUGAUCAGCAGCCUUUUUCCCCCUACACCAGUGAUUUUGUACUUAGCCUCCUCCACUGCUAAGAGCAUGGCACAGGCUAUAUACUGCAGGGGGAGCCAAUAGGCAAACCACCAACCAAAUCUGAACUGCCAGACACUUUUGAACAGACCUUGAAAUCUUAUUUCCUUGUUAUGGUUAUUGCAGUGUGAAAAAAUGUCUCUCUGGAGUCUGACUAUACUUCGACAAAAAAUAAUGGACUCCCCCUGCUGUAUGUCAGAAUGAAUUGUCUGACGCUCAGAGCUUAAAUUCAGCUGGAGCAGAGCAGCUCCUGUAAAUAUUUUCAGACCCAGCACCUCCCGCAGGGCUCCAGGAAAUACUCUGUGAGAAUUUAAGCCCUGCUCACUGUGCAAAGAGCCCUGUACUCAGCAUUUCAAAUGUGGAUGCACAAGGUUAAUUUAUGCAGCAAUACACCCCAGAUUGAAAAUGGUGGCUGAUGUGUCUUCUGAAACCACAUUUUGCUUCCGGGGUAGUGAUUUUUGUCACUUCAGGAUUUCAAAUAAGAAAUCUGGUACCUUUAUUUUCUGACCGCUCAGAACCAAGAUUUCUGUUAAUUGAAGUGAAUCCAGGUGACAACAUAGCCUGUCACUGCACCCCUCCCCAGUUAAUUUAAGGUAUUUCCAUGUAGACAACCACAUCACAAAUCACUUCUAAAACUAGUACUGACAGGUAGUCUACAGCAGUUGCUUGCAAUCAACUUUUCAGUGUGAAGACAAGACUACAUGAUGGAUAACUGAAGACUUGUAACUGUUUUUAUACUGAAAUCUGUUUGUUAUAUUUUAGUAGCAGGAAAGCUUGGUUUUGUAUUCUUUUGUAAAUCUCAAACCAGCAAUAAAAUGUGUUCAUGGGUCUAA